AUGGAACAGGACCUGCUGCUUACACAGGAAUUUCAGAAGAUUUUGCUAAACUCUGCCAGUGUUACUACGCCUUUGGAUGCCGACAGGAAGGGAUUGAGAAAGAACUCUAUUGUUGCGGUAAAUAGCUCAGACACAAAGUCUUUGAACAAUUAUGAAGACGCGUUCGACUUGGACCCACAAGCCUUUGAUAAGUGGAUCCCCUUUUUAAGAACCUCACUGGAAAAGAAUCAAAUCGACACUGUGGUGGAAGAACUAGAAGCAUCAAUCGAUGAUAACUUUCAAGACCUUGAAUUCCAGCUACUACAGGAUGCACAGAUUAACGAUAAACUGGCCUCUUCUAUAGGAAAGGUGUCUGGAAUACAAUCCACAAUCGAGGGCGAUCUCUUGAGGGAGGUCGAAUCGUUCCAAUCUUUAUUGACGCAGUCUACAAAUGAACUUAUCAGCAAAAAACAGAUUUGUGUCAAUAACAACAAAACCAGUUUGAAGAUUACGGAGGCUACUAUUCUUAUUAACAAAGUUGUCCAAUUGUUGGAGAUCUCAAGCAAAUGCCAGCAGCUAAUCAAAGAGCGAAAAUUCUUUAAAGCGUUACAAAAUCUGGACUAUCUUGAACAACUGUACUUACAAGAGUUCAAGGACUACAAUUUCCAGUUUUUGAAGGAGAUCUAUGAAUCGGUUCCUCUUUUGAAAUCUGUCACGAAAGAUGAAUGUCUGAACUUGGUGAAGAACUCGUUUAACUCAAACCUUGGGAAGAACCUGUCUAGCGUUGGUGGAAAAGUAUUUUCGGCGUAUCAAGAUAAGUUAUUACCAAGCUGGUCCGAUAAGAAAAAUACUAUGAAACUCUACCAUAACUUUAAAUUCAACUCUCCCGUAGAGAUUUCCACAAGAGACCAGUCCGUUCUGAAAAGCAUCGUUCUCGAUAGCUUCUUCAAUCUGGAUGAGUUUUAUGAUUCCAUUAUGAUAUUCCAGAAGUUGAAUGAGUUCAAUAACCUUCUUCCAGAAUUCACCAAAGAGUACGAAUUCAGAAGAACGAAACUAAUACACCCGCUUCUCUGGAAGAAAACCUCAAUUUCAAAUAUUAAUUCAGUUCCAGGUGACAUUUCAAUGGACCCGUUCACUAAGCAAAUGAACCUGGAAUUUCUGAAAGAGUAUUUUUUAAAGAUACUCGGAUUUCUUCUUUACGACAUCAAUUUAAAUAGAUCCACGGAUUUCAUUCUCGUGAAUAAUAACUACAAUGCGACCAACGAAUUUUGGGAUGGGUUGAUGAACCGUUUACAACCUUACUUACGAUAUUUUUUGAAGCACAAUUUAACCACAGAGGAAGACUUGAUCCAGUUUAAAGAUUUUGUUUCCAUUCUUUGCUGCAUUCUUGAAAAUUACAAGCUGAGUAUCAAUCCGUUAUACGAAAUUGCCAUGGAAACCCUUGAGAAAUACUGUCAGAUGAACAUAAGAGCUUUUGACGAAGAGUUUACAUCUUUGUUCAAUGGCGAUGACUUCAUGCCCUUAGUUGUGAGUGAUCCUGUACUGUAUGACAAAGUUAUCAAAAUAUGCUGGUUGACCGAAGAUAAGGAAUUGAGAGAUGCCGGGAAUAAAAGCAGAGAAAGUGGUGUUCCGUUUUCUGUGGUUUUGCCAUUUUCGCCGCUAUACCCAAUGACAUGCACACUGACGAAGAAAAUAUACUCAAAGUUGACCACCUUUGUAGCCGAUUUCUACCGCCAUGAGUUGGCUAUCGUGAACAGAAUAUUGGUUGGUACAAUCGAGACUAUAUUUAACAAUAUUGUCAAUAAGAAGAUUAGAGAAAAACUUGACAGCAAAUCAAGAGAAGAGAUCUCCCAGAUUUUGAUCAAUUUGGAUUAUUUUAUCAUAGCGGCUAAAGAAUUUGGAAUGCACAUGACGAAGGAAAAUAUUCUACAGAACCCUGACGUCGAGAUAAAGCUGACCUCAAUAAAGGAAUUUACGGACAGCAGGAAAAUGGCAGAAUCCAAAUUGAUUGAACUGAUCGACUCAAAGAUUUCAGAUAUUUUAGAGACCGUGAAUUUCGACUGGACUGCCAAUGAAAUACGACACGAACCGGACAUAUCCAUUAUCGAUCUAGGUCAAUUCUUGCAGAUGAUGUUUGCCUCUACGCUAGUAAACCUGCCUUACAGUGUCCAAACACUGCUAGUAUUCAGAGAAUUUGACUCCUUGACUAGGAAAGUCCUUGAUAUUCUCCUGCACGAGACACCUUCGCGUAUAACUCAGGAAGGUGCCCACAAUUUUGGUGUCGACGUCAAGUACCUGCAGGAUAUUAUUCCCAGCCUGUUCCCCUCCUUAGAUUUCAACGGGGAAAACACUGGCCUUUCUGCAAGUGUUGGGAACACACCAGUGACGCCAUCCACUCCGACAUUCAGCGGGUCUGUGGACGACGGUGCCAGCACAGUCCGUGAAAACAAGAUCAGAUCUCUAGAGGAGACGUUUACAGAACUGAACCAGUGUAUUGCACUCCUAACGACGGAUAACUGGGACGAAUACUUGGACUCAGAUGUAAGAAUGAAGAAAUACUCGCGCAUCAAGCGCGAUGAGGCGCUUCUGCUGAUCGAGAAAGUAAGGACACACAACUACAGCGCGGCCUCAGCCAAUGGCGACGUCGCCCCUCAAAAUGACAGCAGGAGCGGUACAGAGUCGGGAGCCGACACGGGACUGGAGUCAAGUACCAACCGACUGGCCAAUUCUUCACUCCGCUGA